AACUCACGUGACCUAUGACAACCUUUCUUCCUUUAAGAGAGACCGCAGACAAGUAGGACAUUCUGGUAGCCCGUGGGUAGGAUGAGGGGGGUUUAAGCACCGGCACAGCUACUGCCACUGCCAUGAUAGGAGUGGAUUUCUUGUUGUUGCUUGUUUUAAAGCUUUCAAUUUUUAUGGUUUUAAGGUUUUCCUAAAUUGCCCAGGCUUCCUACCUCAGCCUCCACGAAUGCUAGCAGUACAGGAGGUCUGCGCCACCACGCCCAGCUAAUAGGAAUGUUUACAUCAGAACAGAAGUUCUGUAUUAAAUCAACCUGUUGGCCUUUAAUAGUCAUAUUGGUUUAUAAUUUCAAGGGCACGUCUGAUUCAGGAAUAAAGCUCAUAGUCGGUGAGUUAAAAUAGGCAAAGUUUCAAUUCAGAUUUGAAAAAUCACCGGAAGGUAAUCAUGAACAUUGUGUUUCCUGCCCAGACACUUAAACCUGCAAUCCGUCCUUUAUAUAGCUUUGUAGUUUCAGUUCCUACUGCUGUAGGCGCCUGGCAAGCGCAGCCCCGCAGAGAAAUUAAUACAACAAUGCAGGUUCUUUGAGGUCCCUUUCUGCGCGAUGAAACCAUCCGGCCAAGUCUCGUUGCAAAGCUGCCCUCACAGUCCAGAUUAAAACGCUCAGUUUCAACAACGCAGUGACGGUCCGCAGGGUUCCCCGGGCACCCCGGCUUCAGGCGUCUGUCACCCAGGGUCGCCGCUGGGCCAGGGGUUCUUCCGGGUACAAGUCCCACCGCCAAGUUCAGCUGGUUUCGUGGAGGAGGCGGUCAGCCGCACUCAGUCCUCCGCGAUCCCAACCUCCUUUGCGCCAAUGACAGGUCCGACCGCUUCGCAGGGCACUUCUACCCCGCUGCGGCUCCUCUCUAUGAUCUGCUACUGCUCUGAACGCUGGUGUCAUGGCGGCGAGCGUCGAAUUGGCAGGGACAGCCCUCGGGACGGGGGAAAGUCGCUAAAGCCUCGGGAGAAGCAGCCAGCCGCGGGAGGGCGGGAAGUCGUGAGAAUGAGCGGAGGCUCAGCCGCUGUGAUUGUAUCACUAGAGGCGAGACCCUGGUAAAGCUCCGGGGCGGGCCUCAGCGUUUCUGGUAGACCGGCUUGUGGUGAUCCGGGCUCGUUCCGCAGCGGCGGAGGACAGUCGGCGGGAUCGGCUGGCUUCCUUCCAGCCUACUGGGCUGUUAAAACCCGCCGCGAUGUCGUCAUGGCUCGGGGGCUUAGGCUCCGGCUUGGGCCAGUCGCUGGGUCAAGUGGGGGGCAGCCUGGCUUCCCUCACUGGCCAGAUUUCAAGCUUCACCAAGGAUAUGCUGAUGGAGGGCACCGAGGAAGUGGAAGAUUUAUCUAAUUCUGGAAGAAGGGAAAUUGAAGCCAUCCAUGCAGUCUUAAAGUCAGAGAAUGAAAGACUUAAAAAACUUUGUAGUGAUCUGGAAGAGAAGCAUGAAGCAGCAGAGCUUCAAAUAAAGCAGCAGUCUGCAAGUUACCGAAAUCAAUUGCAACAGAAAGAGGUAGAAAUCAGCCAUCUCAAAGCAAGACAGAGCGCACUCCAGGAUGAGCUGCUGAAGCUGCAGCCGGCUGCUCAUGCAGUGCCCGCGGGGGCUGGCAGUGCACCGGCACCCACUGCAUCAGCUUCACUCAGCUAUGCGAUCCCUCAUGGUGCUUCAGCUGCUUACGAUGAUGACAUGGACUUUGGAGACCUGCUCUCCUCACAACAGGAAAUAAACAGAUUGUCCAGUGAAGUCUCAAGACUUGAAUCUGAGAUUGGCCAUUGGAGGCGCAUUGCCCAGACACAAGGGACAUACAGCUCUGAUCAAAGUGAAAUCUGCAAACUGCAAAAUAUUAUUAAGGAACUGAAACAGAACCGAAGCCAGGAAAUUGAUGACCACCAACAUGAAAUGUCAGUGUUACAGAAUGCACAUCAACAAAAACUGACAGACAUAUGUCACCGACACCGAGAGGAAUUAAGCAGCUACGAAGAACGAAUUGAAGAACUUGAAAAUCUAUUACAGCAAGGUGGCUCAGGAGUUACAGUAACUGAUAACUCUAAGCUGUAUGAAAUGCAGAAAACCAUUCAGGGUCUACAGACUGAAAAAGUGGAAUCUACAAAAAAAAUUCAAGAACUUGAGAAUAAAAUAAAAGACAUAAAUAAAAAAUUAUCUUCUGCUGAAAAUGACAGAGACAUUUUGAGGAGAGAACAGGAACAGCUAAAUAUGGAAAAGAGACAAAUAACUGAACAGUGUGAAAGCCUGAAACUGGAAUUGAAGACUCAUGCUAUGAAACACAGUGAGACUGUGACAGAAAAGGAAAGAGCCCUUCCACAGAGUUCCUCCCGGGAAGAAGUGUUUAGCCCGCAACAAGUACUGUCUGGUGCUGAAAAUGAAAUAAUGAAACAGAGUAGUUUGAACCAGGAUAACAAUCUUGCUGAAGACAAUGUAAAACUUAGAAUGCGUGUUGAAGUCUUGGAAACAGAAAAGUCAUCGUUGAGUCAAGAAAAGGAAGAGCUUCAGAUAUCCCUCUCAAAACUGAGCAAUGAAUAUGAAGUAAUUAAAAGUACAGCUGUGAAGGACAUGAACUUGGAUUCAGAAUUACAUGACUUACGACUGAUGUUGGAGGCGAAGGAACAGGAACUGAAUGAGAGUGUCAGUGAAAAGGAAAUGCUGAUAGCUGAGUUAGAAGAAUUAGACAAACAGAACCAAGAGGCUACAAAGCACGUGAUUUUGAUAAAAGAUCAGCUGUCAAAACAACAAAGCGAAGGAGACAGCAUCAUACAGAAACUGAAACAAGAGCUAGAUGAUGAAGUAAAGAGAGCCCACCAGCUAGAAGAUGACAAAAUGAGCGUCAUUCAAGAGUUAGACCUGCAGAGAGAAAAGUUAACUCAAAAUGAACUAGUUCUAAGUGAUUUGCAUUUAACCAAGAAAAAGCUUGAAGGUGAACUAGCAGAUUUAGUAGAUCAACUAAGCAAAACACAGAAAAAUAAUUUAAAUAUCCAGAAGGAGAACUGUCAACUCAAGGAACAUAUAAGACAAAAUGAAGAGGAACUGUCUAGAGUCAGGAGUGAGUUAACUCGGUCUCUUAGUCAAGCCUCUGACCGUCAUUUCAAAGAUGACUUACUUAAAGAAAGGGAAGAUGAAGUUAGAAACUUAAAUCAGAAUCUUUUAGAAAUAAAGCAGCUCAAUGAAAAUUUAAAUAAAGUUGUUUUUGACCUUAAAGUGGAAAAUGAAAAGUUGAUUUUGGAGUGUGAAGAUGUCAGGUGUCAGUUGCAAGACUCUAUUGCUGGUAAUAAACAAAUUUCUCAGGAAAGAAGCACUGUUGGAGAGAUUCUAAGAAGGGAUAAGGGACAGAUAGGAGUGGAAAGGAGUUUUUUGGAAGAAGCAAACAAGCAUAAGCAAACGGUUGAGGAGCUGUCAAGUGCAAGUACCUCUGCCUUACAGUCGGAACAUGAACGUUUACUUAAACUCAAUCAAGAGAAAGACUUUGAAAUAGCAGGACUUAAAAAGAAUAUUGAGCAAAUGGCUAGUGAGCAUAAGGAAAAUAAGGAAGUUCUGUCAUCUAGUUUAGAAAAGCAGAAACAGCUGACACAAGCUAUAAAUGAGAAAGAUACCUUUAUUGCUAAACUGAAAGAAGAGAGUUCAAAACUGCAGGAAGAAUUAGAUAAAUGUUCUCAAGCUUUAAGAAAAAAUGAAAUUUUAAGGCACACCAUAGAGGAAAAGGAUAGAAGUCUUGGAUCUAUGAAAGAAGAAAAUAAUCAUCUGCAAGAAGAACUGGAGCGACUCAAGGAGCAGCAGAGUCGCGCUUUGCCUGUGGCGGGGCCUAAAACCCUCGAGAGCGUCACCGAACUAGAAUGUGAGGUGUCUCAGCUAAACGUAAUCAAAGACCAUCUGGAAGAGGAAAUUAAACAUCAUCUAAAGAUAAUUGAAGAUCAAAACCAGAGUAAGGUGCAACUACUUCAGUCUCUGCAGGAGCAGAAGAAAGAAAUGGAUGAGUUUAAAUACCAACAUGAGCAGAUGAACGUCGCACAUACCCAGCUUUUUUUAGAGAAAGACGAAGAAAUUAAGAAUUUACAAAAAACAAUUGAACAAAUAAAAUCCCAGUUGCAUGAAGAAAGACAGGAUAUUCAAACAGAGAAUUCUGAUAUUUUUCAGGAUACCAAAGUUCAGAGUCUUAACAUAGAAAAUGGAGGUGAAAAGCAUGACUUAUCUAAAGCUGAAACUGAGAGAUUAGUGAAAGGAAUAAAGGAACGAGAGCUGGAGAUUAAACUUCUAAAUGAGAAGAAUAUAUCUCUAACUAAACAGAUUGAUCAGCUGUCCAAAGAUGAGGUUGGUAAACUCACUCAGAUUAUCCAACAGAAAGACUUGGAGAUACAAGCUCUUCAUGCUAGAAUUUCUUCAGCUUCCUACAGCCAGGAUGUUGUUUACCUUCAGCAGCAGCUACAGGCCUACGAUGUGGAAAAAGGAAAGCUGUUCGCUGUUUUAGAUGAGAAGACAAGGGAAAACAGCCAUCUAAAAACUGAGUAUCACAAAAUGAUAGACAUUAUUGCUGCUAAAGAAGCAGCCCUCAUUAAGUUACAAGAUGAAAAUAAGAAAUUGUCCAUGAGAUUCGAAAGCAGCGGCCAAGAUAUGUUUAGAGAAACUGUUCAAAAUUUAUCUCGUAUCAUUCGAGAAAAAGACAUUGAAAUAGAUGCACUAAGUCAGAAAUGUCAGACUUUAUUGGCAGUUUUACAGACUUCCAGCACCGGUAACGAGGGAGGUGUUAAUAGUAACCAGUUUGAGGAACUCCUGCAGGAACGCGAUAAAUUAAAACAGCAAGUGAAGAAAAUGGAAGAAUGGAAACAGCAGGUGAUGACCACAGUACAAAAUAUGCAGCACGAGUCAGCCCAACUUCAAGAAGAACUUCACCAGCUUCAGGCACAAGUUUUGAUUGACAGUGAUAAUAACUCUAAGUUACAGGUUGACUACACUGGCCUGAUCCAAAGUUACGAGCAGAAUGAAACCAAGCUCAAAAAUUUUGGGCAGGAAUUAGCACAAGUUCAGUACAACAUAGGUCAGCUCUGCAAUACAAAGGAUCUUCUUCUAGGAAAGCUUGAUAGCAUUUCACCCCAUCUCUCUUCUGGCUUACCUAGAGCAAAUACAUCUGCUCUAUCAAGUGAUUCUUCUCAGUCGCUUCAACUAGAGAUAGAAAAGCUAAGAAAAUCAGUGCAAGAAAAAGAUGCAACAAUUAGAACUCUCCAGGAAAAUAAUCACAGAUUGUCUGAUUCACUUGUAGCUACCUCAGAACAAGAAAGGAAAGAAUACAAACAAGCUGAUUCGGAAGUUAAGCAGCUAAAAGAGAAACAAGAGGUUUUACAGAACUUACUUAAGGAAAAAGAUCUCUUAAUCAAAGCCAAAAGUGAUCAAUUACUUUCUUCAAAUGAAAAUUUCACCAACAAAGUGAAUGAAAAUGAGCUUUUGAGGCAGGCAGUAACAAACUUGAAGGAGAGAGUAUUAAUUUUAGAAAUGGAAAUUGCUAAACUAAAAGCAGAAAAUGAAAAAAUAGUAGAAGCAUCCAGGGCAAAAGAAACCGAAUACCAAGCAUUACAAGAGACUAACAUGAAGUUUUCUAUGAUGCUUCGAGAAAAAGAAUUUGAAUGCCAUUCAAUGAAAGAGAAGGCUCUUGCUUUUGAGCAGCUGUUGAAAGAAAAAGAACAGGGCAAGACUGGGGAGCUAAAUCAGCUUUUAAAUACAGUUAAAGGAAUGCAGGAGAAGACAGUUACAUUUCAGCUGGAGAGAGACCAAGUCACGUUGUCCCUGAAACAGAAACAAAUGGAAAACAAUGCCCUGCAGAAUGAGGUUCAACACUUACGUGACAAAGAAUCACGGUUAAACCAGGAGCUAGAGAGAUUGCGUAACCAUCUUUUAGAAUCAGAAGAUUCUUAUACCCGGGAAGCUUUGGCUGCAGAAGAUAGAGAGGCCAAACUAAGAAAGAAAGUCACAGUAUUGGAGGAAAAGCUAGUUUCAUCCUCUAAUGCAAUGGAAAAUGCAAGUCAUCAAGCCAGUGUGCAGGUAGAGUCAUUGCAGGAGCAGUUGAACAUGGUCUCCAAGCAGAGGGAUGAAACUGCACUGCAACUGUCUGUCUCUCAGGAACAAGUAAAGCAAUAUGCUAUGUCAUUAGCCAACCUACAGAUGGUUCUAGAGCACUUCCAGCAAGAGGAAAAAGCUAUGUAUUCUGCUGAAUUAGAAAAGCAAAAACAACUUAUAGCUGAAUGGAAGAAAAAGGCAGAAAAUCUAGAAGGAAAGAUGUUAUCUUUACAGGAGCACUUGGAUGAAGCAAAUGCUGCGUUGGAUUCAGCAUCAAGACUUACAGAACAGUUGGAUCUAAAGGAGGAACAGAUUGAAGAACUUAAAAAGCAAAAUGAGCUCCGACAAGAAAUGUUGGAUGAUGCACAAAAGAAAUUGAUGAACUUAGUAAACAGCACAGAAGGAAAAGUAGACAAAGUCCUUAUGAGAAAUCUCUUCAUUGGUCAUUUCCACACACCAAAACACCAGCGUCCUGAAGUGUUCCGGUUGAUGGGAAGCAUCCUGGGUAUUAAAAGGGAGGAAAUGGAGCAGUUGCUUAAUGAAGAUCAAGGAGGUGUCACUAGGUGGAUGACUGGGUGGCUUGGAGGAUCAAAAAGUGUCCCCAACACACCACUGAGACCAAAUCAGCAAUCUGUGCUUAAUAGUUCUUUUUCAGAACUUUUUGUUAAAUUUCUAGAAACAGAAUCUCAUCCAUCUGUUCCACCACCAAAGCUUUCUGUUCAUGAUAUGAAACCUCUAGGUUCACUAAGACAGAGAGAACUAAAUACAAAUGUAUCAGAAACCUUGAAAGAUACAGCGGAAUCCAGGGCUGGCAGAAGAACAGAUAUGAGUGCAUUCUUGGCUCCCCGCUCUGCAGCUGUACCUCUUAUUAACCCAUCUGGACUUGGACCUGGUGGGCCUGGGCAUCUGCUUUUGAAACCCAUCUCAGACGUUCUGCCCACCUUUACACCUUUGCCAGUGUCUCCUGACAACAGCGCUGGAGUUGUACUAAAAGACCUGUUAAAGCAAUAGGUGAUUCUCAAGCCAGUAACGUUAAGCACUUUAAAGAAACCAUCAACACUAUGUGUAUAUACCUUAUCACAAAGUGGCCUUUUGGAAGAAGUCAUGCAUUUGUUUGCAGUUAUAAUUUCCCUAAAUUUAAUAAAACUGUUCUUAGUUCUUAUAGAAA